GGCGAGGGAGAGCAGAGACACAUUCGAGAGGGAACUGCACCACUUCAAAGCUAAGGCAGAAGAUGAGAUCAACCACCUGAAGCUGGAAGUGGAUUCAUUUGGAUCUGAGAAUGAGAGACUUCACAAAGAGCUGCACUCUUUGCAGAACCAACUGUGCAAGGCAGAGGACAAGAUACACGAGCUGGAACACAGACUCAAGGACGCACUUCAGAUCAUAUCACGAGCAGAUUGCGGCACUGCAAGCGGAAGUGCACGCUCUCAAGGCGACAUUGGAGAACCUCUCGUUUGGCAUGUCAGUCCUAGAGAACGAAAGAGACGAGUUGUUGGCGGCAUUGAGAUCUCGCGAUGGAAUCAAGGAGGAACUGGAGCAUGAGGUGUUCUGUCUGGAGAGUAGGAUACGUGAAAUGGACUUUGAAGAAGUGAAGAGGUUGAACGGGGUCAUCCAAGACAUGCAGUGUCAAUUGCACAAGAAAGAGGAAGAACUGGGCUGCAUCAAGCGUGACCAGGAGUGUUGUGUGCGGGAGAACCGGAACAUGUGCAUGCAGCUACAGGACACCCAGCAGUGUCUGAGGGACUGCGAGAGGGAGUUAGAUGAAACGAAGAGAGAGAUAGACAGACUCAAGUGCAAUCUGCAGAAGCUGCAGGACACCGAAUGCUGUCUCAAGUCCAGUAAGCAUGCAUUUUAA